GUCAUUCCCUCCUAGCAAUUGUACAACAACGCAAUACUCUCAUCUUCUCACCUUUCUCAUCUCUCUUGCUUGCUAUCUCCUACACUUGGUCAUGUCUGUAUACUACUACGAGCUCCCAACGACAGGAGCAGUGACCUUCGGAGACCUCCUCGACGACCGGACAGGAACCCACACAGAGGACGUCAGCAACACGUCUUCUUCCAGAGCCCAGGUGCGCGGUAUCUUGAAGGAGACGAAGCGUAUGGGCGCCGAGAAGGAUUAUCUGCGUGUGAUCAAAGUCGUCGAAGACUAUCUGCCUCAUUUGGGCGGUAUCAUGGACUGCGUAUUUGCUGAAGAACUUAUGCCAUAUUCCGAGCCCAAGUUCAGCUGGCGGUCAACCCUCUCUUCACAUCUGCUCAAGAACUCUCCUCGAGUGGAAGGCACAGGCUUCUACUACGAGCUCUGCUUUUGCCUUCUUACCUAUGCCUACGGACUGUGCGACCUUGCCCACGCCACAGUCGCUUCUCUGGGCAACUACGAGCAAGAAGGCUACCUCUCCGAAGCAGAACGCAAGGAGAAGGACGAGCAGCUGAACUUUGCCGCUCGUACGCUGUGCAAAGCUGCAGGGAUCUUCAAGUCUAUCCCGGAUGCGAUUCUUCCCCAGUGGGCUAAGGUCAAUUCUGCUAGCUCGAAAGGCAAGGACCGGCCGCCAGAUCUCAGUCCCGAAGUUCUGGCCACACUGCCAAAGGUAGCUAUGGCAGACGCCAACGGGCUAGCAAUACGCAAGCUCAUGUCCCGCUCUGUGGCCGAAUCGAUCGCCGUCCCCGGCGCACCACUACCGAAGUCGCACCCUGCCCCUAGCCUGCUAGGCAAGCUCUGGAUCCAUGUCCACACCGAAUAUGCCACUGCACGAUCGUUGGUGAACAAGUCUACGGCUUUGGGUGUGCGAGAUGAGGUAGACGCGGAUCUGAGGAAGUACUUGGAACAUGGGGCCGCACAUGCACUCGCUAUGGCAUUCAAGUGGUUUGGGAUCGAUGCGGGUGAACGGGGGCGAAACGGCGUGGCGAUGGCGUUCCUUACGGCGGCGAAGGAAGACCUUGCCGAGCUGAAGGAUGUGAAAGGCACGAGCGCGUUGGAGAGUAAGAGCCAGCAGAAGGAGGCCAUCGCGGAGGAAAUCGAUUCGGUGACUCAGUGGUUCGGUCGAUACAAGGUUGCGAACGACUCGAUCACCUUUCAAGAUGUCCCCAGCAAGGCACAAGUGAGAGCGAUGAUUCCCGACGGGGUCGCAGUGCUCAAGCUUCAGUUAUUCUCUUUGCCCAAAGCUGCUUUCGGACCGACUUCGCGCAUGGGAGAGAGCACGGUGGAAGAGCAAGCGGACUACGUACGUGCGGGACAGUAUUUCUAAUUCGUCCAGUGCCUCGGUUUCGCCGUGAAAUAAGUUAUUCUCUGGCAGUUGUAUUCUAAUCAUUCACCAAUGUGUUGGUAUCAUUACAACAGUUAUUAUUCUCAGUCCCAGUCCGUCACCGCCAUCCGUGCUGUCAUGAAGGGAAUGCUGGCAGCCCCCACUCUUCCGGCUUGAACGACGUCAAGUCUGGUAAUAUCUCAUCUGCUCCAUAUGUAUUGUCGGGGUCGAGUGCACGCAAGCGUGGAUCUGGUACCCAGACAACAUUCAUGCAAGCCCGCUUGCCGGCAAUAACGCCAGACUUGGCAUCCUCGAACACUAGUCCCUGUGUCCUCAACUGCUUGUGCUCUCCAGGUACAUCGCAUCCCUCGCUCUCGCCAACAUCAAACCCCAGCUCUCUCGCAGCGAUCAGGAACACGUCCGGCGCUGGCUUUCCCCGUCCCGGCUUUAAGCGCUCGUCGUCCCCGCAUAUCACCCUGCCUCCAAACAGGUCAAAUAACCCAGCAAGAUGCGCCGUCUUGAGGAGGAAGUUGCGUCUUUGAGAGCCGGUCGCAACAGCCAUUGGGAUCCCGCUAGCGUGCAGGUGGGAGACGAGUGCGUGCACGCCUGAGAGGACGGAAGCUGUGGGCCAGAGUGUGUCCUGCAGUUCUCGUCGCUGGCGGAUAUAGUCGUCUACCGUGAGGUCGAUGCCUGGGAAAUGUGAUAUCAGAUGUUCAGACGCUUCACGUUCGGGCAUUCCCAUGAGCCCUGCUUUGAUAUCCCAUGUCAUCUCGACGCCGUAUGGCUCGAGAAUACGGUUCGUGACCAGUGUAUAGACCGACUCGGUGUCGAUGAGCAGGCCAUCCAUGUCGAAUAUCACAUAUUUAAUGGCAGGACGGUUGUGACCGCGUGAUGUCAAGCCAUCUGGUCGACCUCCAUCGCAGGCAGACAACCCGCUCUCGAUGUUGCCACCGUCCCAUCCUCUUCCCUCCAUGCACUCCUGGACGUCGAGCUAGCUGUUCCUUCCACAGAUGCCUAAGCGCCCGUCGCUGAACGAGGGGCCGUCAACCUCUGAACAGCAUGCCCCGCCUGCGAAGAAAGCGCGGACAGCAGCAGCGAUGCCGCAGUUCCUCGCCGGGCUCAGCAUCAACCUCAUCCCUGCAAAGCUGUCCGAUACGCACCUCGCUCACCUCUGCUGUCUCGCUGAGUCACAUGGUGCACGCUUAGUGUCGUCUCCUACUGCGGCGGACGUGGUGCUCACUGCUGUUGGAGCGCGUAAGAGGCUAGAGAGGCAUAUGGACCGGAAGGAAGGCGAGCGGCGCUGGGUGCUGAAGACGCAAUGGCUUGAGGACUCCGCCGCUGCGGGUAAAGUCGAACCUUGGCAGGAGUAUCUCGCUGUGCCGGACCUUCGACCCCGCUCUCCAACGAGCAGGCAGCCUACGCCGGCGUUGACCUCAACUUCGAGCACGGCGCCUAACUCGCCCGAUCAUCUCCUCGCGAGCGCGACUGAUCUACGAAGGACAUUUGAGAACCGCAAGAUACAGGCUGGUAUCUCUCCCAAGCAAGGAAGCAGCUCGUCAGUUUCAGACAACGACAUCCCCCUCGAUUUCACUCCUGGCUGGCCGAUCCCCGAUUCUCGCUAUGCCUGCAAGCGCCGCA